GGAAGCAAGCGUUUUGGAGGGAGAGGAGAAGCAAAAUAAAUCAGAGAAUAUAGAAAGAUGGCAAGGUCUCCAUGCUGUGAUGAGAAUGGACUGAAGAAAGGACCUUGGACUCCUGAAGAAGAUCAAAAACUUGUUGACUACAUCCAAAAACAUGGCCAUGGAAGUUGGCGAGCUCUUCCGAAGCUUGCAGGUCUCAACAGAUGUGGCAAGAGCUGUAGGUUAAGGUGGACAAAUUAUUUAAGGCCUGAUAUCAAGAGAGGGAAGUUUUCUCAAGACGAAGAGCAAACAAUUCUAAAUCUGCAUUCUAUUCUUGGAAACAAAUGGUCAGCUAUUGCCAGUCACCUACCAGGCCGCACAGACAAUGAGAUCAAGAAUUUUUGGAACACUCAUUUGAAGAAGAAGCUGAUUCAGAUGGGUUUUGAUCCAAUGACGCACCAACCAAGAACUGACUUAUUUGCCACCUUGCCUCAUCUCGUGGCUCUCUUGAACCUGAAAGACCUAAUGGAUAAUCAUCCUCCAUUAGAUGAACAGGCCAUGAGAUUACAAGCAGAAGCUAUGCAGUUAGCCAAGCUUCAAUAUGUACAGUUUCUUCUCCAAUCAGCAACUUCAAUCACCUCGAACUCUUAUGGUCAAAAUGGCAUUACAGACAUGGAGAUUUUCAAUUUAUUGAAUUCAGCUCCUACUAUUAAAGAAACCCCAGUUAUAAAUUCAUCACAGCUAGAGAAUCCUGUCUCAUAUCCUUUUGGACUUGCUUCAUCUCAACCACUCCACUAUUCAGAUGUAUUACCUCAAUUGCCUGACCCACAAGUCCCUUUCAGUUAUCAACCAUCUUUGAACAGGGAGAUGGAACAAGCUGCAAAUUUAACUACAAUGGUCAGUCAAGGAGGUAAUAACCCAUUUGAUUCUCCAUGGGUUCUUCCAUCUCCUACUCCUUCUGUUCCUUCAACAGUAACAGAGACUUCCAAAGGUAAUCCAGGUGAUGCUAGCAGCACCACUUCUAGCUAUGGUGGAGGGACUUCUUCAUAUUGGCCUGAGUUCUUUUUUGAAGAUUAUGUCCUGCAUGAAGUAUCCUAGCUAGUUAUUUUGAUACCUAUACUAAAGGUAAUUGGAGUUCCAUCUCCAUGAAUGAGCUGGUAUAGUUUCUAUAAUACAUGGAUAUUUACAAAUAUAAUUAAGCACAGACAUAACACUUGCAUUAUUCAUGUGUGCACAUUUAUGCUUGUGCACUCUACAUAUAUA